AUGAAGCUCGUUUGGUGUCCAGAAACAGCCUUAAAAGCUUACGUAGACACCGUUAAAUCAUGUGAGAAAUUCAAGGAAUCAGGGGUAGCUGAAUUACUCUCAGCCAUGGCAGCAGGUUGGAACGCGAAGUUAAUAGUGGAGUCAUGGUCCCUUGGAGGCCCAAUAGCCGCAAGUGUAGGCCUGGCAGUUGCAGCUCGCAACACGGGUGCAAGACACGUGUGCAUAGUCCAAGAUGAACGGUCAAGGGUGCAGUACACAAAGGCCUUGGCCGAGAUGGGGGUGUCGCCGCCGCCAGAGGUGGUGGCCGGCGAAGCGGAGGCGGCGGUGGCGGGGCUCGUGGGGUUGGACUUUCUGGUGGUUGAUUGCAAGAGGAGGGACUUUGCUAGGGUUCUUAGGGUGGCCAAGGUUAGCACGAGAGGGGCAGUUUUGGCAUGCAAAAAUGCAUGGCAAAGAAACGUUUCUGGUGGGUUCAGAUGGCACGUGGUGUUGGAGAGGGGCACACGUGUGGUUCGAUCGGUGUUCUUGCCUGUUGGGAAGGGUUUGGAUAUUGCUUACAUAGGGAGUAGAAGUGGUGGUAAUGCUUCAGCUGUUCCAAAGGGUACUCCCAGCCGUUGGAUCAAGCACAUAGAUCAAAUAUCAGGAGAAGAGCAUUUUUUCCGAGAGUGA